AUGGAAGAUCUAAUGAAAGCUUUCAUUAUUAAAACGGAUGAGAAAUUUGAAACUUAUAGUGCAGCUAUUCGAAACUUAGAGAGGCAAGUGGGGCAGAUUGCUAGUCUGUUGUCCAAGAGGUCUCCAGGAACCAUCCCUGUGAAUACCGAAAAGAAUCCAAAGGAAACAAUAAAUGCAGUGUCGUUGCGGAAUGACAAAGUAUUGCAAGGUCCAUUGGUAGCAGAGAAGAAUGAGUUGACGAGAAAUCAAGUUAAGAAUGAAGUGAGGGCAGAGCAAGAGGAUGAUCUGAAGAAGAAGAACAAAUCUAAAGUUCCAAAACUAACGAAGAAAUACAAACAAAGAAGUAAUGAUGAGAUUGAAGAGAGUAAAUACAUGUCUGCUCUACCUUUCCCCCAGAAGCAAAGAAGAGAGAAGUUGGACAAACAAUUCAGGCGUUUUCUAGAAGUGCUCAAGCAGGUGCAUGUGAAUAUAUCUUUCACGGAGGUGCUUUCACAGAUGCCAGCCUAUACUAAGUUCUUGAAGGAGAUAUUUUCUAACAAGAGGAAAGUGGAAGAGACAUCGGCUGUCAAGCUCACAGAGCAUUGUAGAAAUUGGAGGGAGAGAUUGGAAAAAUCAGAUCUAUACUUGUGUCCUUGCAGCUGGCGGAUCAUACCAGAAGGAAUAGUGAAAGAUGUGCUAGUUCAGGUAGAUAAAUUUGUGUUCCCUGUGGACUUUAUCAUGGUGAAUAUGGAAGAGAAUAGGGAGAUCCUUCUUGGCUACUAG